CAACAAAACAGACUGAGAGGGUGUUAGCGUAGUUAGCUACCUGAGAUAAACAACUGGUGGUUUUGCCCGUCUGUUACAUCAUCUCGGCUGUAGUUUGUCAAAUUAGAUAUAUAUUUUACAUCCAUACGUUUGAUCUGUGCAAUCAGCCAUGGUUGACACAUUAUUGUAGUCUGGUGUAGUCUGGCUAACGUUAGCCAAGCUAGCUCUAUGUAUACCAAGCUUGAACAGGUUAGCUAGCUAGCUCUAUUGCUAGCUUUUUAGCUAGCCGUAUCGCCUAGGAGAGGUGGAGACCAAGAACAGUGAGAUGCGAGCAAAGUAAGGUUGGCCUCGUAUGACUAAAUGAGCGAGAUAGGCAAAUGCAAAGAACUCUGGGAGAUUCAACAUGAAGUUGUAUGUGUUCCAGGUCAACAAUGGCAGCACAUUGACAUUUGACACUGAUCUUGCUGUCCAAACUGUCCUGGAGCUUAAACAUGCCAUCCAAGCCAAAUACAAGAUUGCAAUCCAACAUCAAGUCCUUGUUGUCAAUGGAGGGGAAUGUAUGGCUGCAGAGAGAAGGGUCUGCAGUUACAGUGCUGGCACUGAAACAAACCCCAUAUUUCUGUUCAACAAAGAGAUGAUCUUGUGUGACAGGGAUCCAACGAUCCCUAAAACCACCUUCUCGAUUGAGAGUGAGAUUCAGGUUAAAGUGGAAGAGUCUCUAUUGAUGCCAGCUGUCUUUCACACUGUUGCCUCACGAACACAACUUGCUCUGGAAAUGUUUGAAGUUGCCAAGAAGCUUUGCUCUUUCUGUGAGCGGUUGGUUCAUGAUGAACACCUUCAACACCAAGGCUGGGCUGCCAUCAUGGCUAAUCUGGACGAUUGCACUCUGUCUUACCAGAAGUUGCUCAUGAAAUUUGACUCUUCAUAUGCAAAUUAUCAACAUGACUUGGAACAAAUUAAGGUUAAACUUUCAAAGUUAGGGACAUCAGUUUCGGUAAUGGCGAGAAUACCUCUGCUGGAAUGUUUAACAAGACACAGUUACAAAGAGAGCAUGGAGAAGUCCAGCCCCACCCCAGGAAAGGAUUCAGAUGAGACAGAAGAAGAGAAAUCCACAGACUCUGUGCUCUGCCCAACGGAUGCACAGCGGCCCUCCAAGUCAUCAGCGUCCUUCUCUGCUUCAGGGAAUGCCACAAGUCAGCCAACUGGAGACCAGGAAACAAAUGAAAUGACUGACAGUGGUGGGCUUAGAUCUGCGCUAUUAGAUGAUGACGAUGACGAUGAUGAUGUUGCAGAGCUUACCAACCCGUCAUGCUUCAAUGUCACAUUAUUAGACUGGAUCAACGUGCAAGACAGACCCAAUGAUGUGGAAUCUGUUGUGAGGAAAUGCUUUGACUCCAUCAAUAGGCUUGAUCCUCGGAUAAUUCAACCAUUCCUGACAGAUUGUCGUGACACAAUUGCCAAGCUAGAUAAUCAAAACAUGAAAGCCAUCAAGGGGCUCGAGGACAGGUUGUAUGCUCUUGACCAAAUGAUUGCAAGCUGUAAGAAGCUGGUGAAUGAACAGAAAGAACUCGCUCAGGGAUUUUUGGCCAACCAGAAGAGGGCUGAAAACCUGAAGGAUACAUCUGUUCUGCCUGACUUGUGUCUGAGUCACACCAACCAGCUGAUGAUCAUGCUGAACAACCACAGGAAGCUGCUCGACAUUAAGAAAAAGUGCACCACUGCCAAACAAGAACUUGCAAACAACCUUCAAGUCCGACUCAAAUGGUGCUGUUACGUGAUGCUUCAUGCGGACCAGGAUGGGGAGAAGCUUCAGGCUCUACUCAGACUUCUGACAGAGUUGAUGGAAAGAGUGAGGGUGGUGGAGGCCCUCAGCACUGUGCCCCAGAUGUACUGCUUGGCGGUGGUGGAGGUUGUCAGGCGAAAAAUGUUUAUGCGUCACUACAGAGAGUGGGCUUAUGCACUUGUCAAGGAUGGGAAACGACUGUAUGAGGCGGAGAAGUUCAAAAGGGAGUCCUUUGGAAAACUCUUUAGGAAGUCUUUCCUCAGAAAUCGUUUGUUCAGAGGACUCGACUCAUGGCCUCCAACAUCAUUUUGUACACGAAAGCCCAGAAGGUUUGACGACGAACUUCCAGACAUCUCAGUUGAUGACCUGCAGUACUUGAAAUCUUGUUGUCCUACAGAAGUGCAGCCUUUCCUUCUUUUUCCCUCCAGGGUCCCAACAAUGUGUGAUUUCGAGCCCUUAAAUCGACACGUAGAGACGCUUCACCAGCUGGUCAAAGCUGCACAGAGUGUGGAUGAGAUGUCUCAAACUAUUACUGACCUGCUAAAUGAACAAAGGACAUCCUACAGCCAGAGAUCAUCUGUGUUGACCCCGCAGUCUGGAAGCAUGCCAGGGUCCUCGACACCAAGAUCCCCCAAAACCCCUUCCUCUCUUAACCUUCAGGGACCCAGCUGCCAGCCCCUACAUGUUCCCGUCCCAGCUCCUCUGGAGGACUUGUCCCCAGACAGCAUAGAUGCGCAAACAUUCGACUUUGAAACCAUCGGCCACCCGAACAUGGACCCCGUCCUGCAGCAGGGCUCCCUUGACUUGGACUCUCUAGCAGAGAGCCCUGAAUCUGACUUCAUGUCCGCUGUCAACGAGUUUGUGAUCGAAGUGAACUUGACCUCUCCAAACCCAACCAGUGACCCUACAAGUCCCGAGAUGAUGGGGGAGUCGCUGUACUCUUCAGUCAUCAACGCUAUUGACAACAAACGUAUGCAGGACACCACUAUACUAGAGAGGGAGAACUCGAGGAUCAUUGUCCUCAAACAAGAAAUUGACAAGUACCGUUCUGCUGCAGAGGAGUCCCAUUCCAACUUUAGAAGUGUAAAGGAGGACCUCCAUCACUUGAGAGGUGUGGUUUUAAAAGAACAGCAGGACUUUGGUUUUGUUUUGAGGAAUAUGUCCACAGAGGUGCGCACUAUUGUGGACAACAUCUGUGAGAUCCACAAGCUGGAGCUAAAGGAGCAGCAUGAAAGCGAGCUUCUCUCCCUGCGACAAGAGCUCGAGAAGCAAGUGCAAACACUAACGGAGGAAAACCAAGUAAACCAGAAUAUUGUCAGAGAUGUCCAGCACGCAAUGCUGGAGCUGGAAGGGCAUAUGGAGCGCAAAGAGAAAGAACUGACUCAGCUGGAGAAUGAGAAAGAGCGAUGGGUUGAAACGGAGGGUAAUCAGACGGGUAGGAUCAAAAAUCUGGAGCAGAUGAUCGGCGAGCAGAUUGAAGAGAUCAAGACACUGUCAGCUUCAAAAGACUCUCUGACCAGCCAGCUGGAGAAUCUGCACUUUGAGAUUGAACGUAGCCAGCAGAAGAUCCGGCAGGAGUUGGAAGUUGUCGAGCAGUCCCAUUUGAAGCAGAUGGAGGACAAAAUGAAGCAGGAACAUGCAGACAAACUGGAGACCCUCACCAAGGAUAACCAGGAGGCUCUGAAACAUCUGGCGGCUGAAAACAGUGCAAAGUUAAUUGAGACUGCUGAUCAUCAUGCCGCUACACUGAAAGAGAAGGAAAACCAAAUGAAAGACCUGGAGGCUCGUGUUACUGAGCUCGCAGAACUCCGCUGCAAAGUAGAGGUGGAGCUUGCCCUCAAAGAGUCGGAGACUGAAGAGCUGAGGCUCUUAUUUGAGGAGACCAAGUCGCAGCAGGCAGAAACUGUGACGUCCCAGGUAGACGCUGCAACUGUAGCCCUGAGUGAAGAGCUGGCAGUCAUGAAACAACAGCUUCAUGUCAAGAAUGAGGAGCAUGAAGUGGGCCUGGCAGAGCUGAGAAGUAUGAUGAGGGACGAGAAGGACAACUGCAUCUCCGAGCUGGUGGACAGACACGACGAGGAGAUCAUCUGUUUGCGCAACGAGCUCGCCUCCCUACAGCGCCAAACCGAAGCCGCUGAGAAGAACCACGCCGAGCAGCAACACAAACUCAGGCAGGAAUCGGACCAGCAAGCUGCUGCUCUGAGUGAAGAACAAGAAAAGCAGUCCAGGAGUUUCCAGGAUCAGGAGCAAGAGUUGAGGAGCGUUAUCGGCAGUUUGCAGGCAGAAAACGACCUGCUCUCCAAACAACUAGAGCAGGUCAGACAAGCAAUGGAGGAAGAGUUGGAAAAGGAACAGGCCUCUGAGGUUAAAUCACAAGAUGCCUUUAAAGAUAUGGAGCAGCAGAAGGAGGAAAUGGAGAAGAGACUGACAGAGAAAAUAAAACAGCUCGAGGCUGAGCUGCAUGAGACACAAUCCUCCAAGAGGGAUGAAGGGUUGCCGCUGCAAGCUGAGGGCCCGACAGAUGCCGGAGCCCCUCUGUCUCUCGACUCUGCACUGCAAGAGCGGCUGCAGCAGGAGAGGGCCUCCCUGCAGUCUCAGAUGGAGCUCCUGGAGAAAAAGAAGAAUGAGGAGAUGCAGAACCUCAAGACAUCACUAAUCGCAGAGCAGCAGACCAACUUCAACACCGUUCUAACCCGAGAGAAGCUGAAGAAGGAGCAGAUUAUAAACGAGCUCACAGAGGAGUUAAGGAAUGUCACCCAACAGCAGGAGAAGGACAAAGCUCUGAUCGAGAAGCUCUCAGAGGACCGAGCUAGUGUCAUGCAGGAGAAGAAACACUUGGAGGAGGAGCUGAACCGCAUGCGCAGCACCGCCAUGGUCUCCUCUGCCUUCUUCACUCCUCACCACUCGGCUCGGGAGACCCCAGAAGCCGCAGGAGCUGCAGCUCGAGCUCCGCCUAUGGCUGGGGCUUUUACCUCUGAGCCUCUGUCUGAAACUGACAGAUUGGCCUCUGUAGCAGCCAUUGGAGAUGACGAACAGAUCGAUUCAGCAGUGGAAGCCAGCAUGGUGUCAGUCCAUGAUAACCUCCUGAUGUCAGAGGAGAAGCAGCGGAUCCUCUUGCUGGAGAGGACUUUACACAUGAAGGAAGAAGAAAACAAGCGCCUCAGUCAAAGACUGAUGUCUCAAAGCAUGUCGUCUGUGUCGUCACGGCAUUCAGACAAAAUCGCCAUCAGAGAUUUCCAGGUAGGCGAUUUGGUUCUCAUCAUCCUGGAUGAAAGGCAUGACAACUACGUGCUGUUCACCGUCGGUCCCACCCUCUACUUCCUCCACUCAGAGUCUCUCACUGCACUGGACCUCAAGCCAGCAUCAGGGACUACAAGACGGCCGUGGGUUCUUGGAAAGGUGAUGGAGAAGGAAUAUUGCCAAGCAAAAAAGGCCCAGAACAGGUUCAAGGUUCCUUUAGGAACCAAGUUCUACAGAGUGAAAGCUGUUCCCUGGAACAGAAAAGUAUAAUAGCCAAGUAAUGAGCUAAAAUGUAUAUUUAUAUUGCUUAAUUUCCGAACAGAAACUUCACAUCAUCAUCCAUAACUUGAAAAUCGAAAGACCUUAAAAUACGGACAUAAUUCAAGAAGAUCAUCAUGAUAUCAUCAGUUUCAGUUCAAAGUCCCACCUGCCACCACCUCUUUGUUUUCUUUAAACCCAGAUUUGUUAUUGUGGACCAAAUGCUUUUAACUUUAUUAGGGCAUGGCCCGUUACACUGUGGCAUUUUGCCAUUUGACCUGUGUGUAAAAUUGAACAAAAUUUGGAUGUUAAAUAUUAGUUUUCAUUAUCAGCAUUUGUCCUUUUGUGGAAAAUACUGUGUCAUUAUCAGCAUAAUAAAAUAAAAAUAUACAUUUAUUAUAAAUGUUUAUGGAGGAAUGUUCAUGGCAUGCAUAUUGAUAUAUUUUCUUUGAUUUACUUAUCCAGAUAAAUGUUGUAGUUGGAAAUGUAGUUAAUGCUGUUUGUUACUCACAAAGCAGUGUGGCCCUCUGUCGAUACUGAAAUGUACAUUAUGGCGGACUGAUGCGGACAGUCGUCUUUGCAAUCCUUGAAAUGCACUUUCAAAAACAAAUGCUUUAGUUGAUUUGAAAAGGGAAGUUAAUUGAGCUGUCAGAACUAAGUAAAUAUAUCAGCACAAACUUCUCACUAUCAUAGAAUAUGGAUAUGUAGAAAGGAACACGUUGUGACUGUGUUUCAUUAUCAGGAGACAUUGUACAUUACCCAUUAAACACACAUGUAACAAUAAAUGACUGUAUUGUAAAAGAUAGAGUUUUGAAACAAUAAAGGAUUGAUCCCAAACAUA